UGCCACCUGUCAGUGUCCAUCAGUGCCUUGUGUCAGUGCUCAUCAGUGCCUCAUGCCAAUGCCCAUCAGUGCCACAUCAAUGCCACAUAUCAGUGCCUACCAGUGCACAUCAAUGCCACAAAUCAGUGCCCAUCUGAGCUGCCUUUCAGUGCCACCUAUCAAUGCCAAUCAGUGCCACCUAUCAGUGCUGCCAAUCAUCAGUGCCGCCUAUCAGUGCCAGUCAGUAUCGCCUAUCAGUGCGCAUCGGUGCCACCUAUCAGUGCCUGUCAGUGCCACCUAUCAGUGCCAGUCAGUGCCGCCUAACAGUGCCAGUCAGUGCCGACUA